AUGAAGUUUGGCGAGCAACUCCGGUCGAGCGUCAUCCGCGAGUAUCAAUGGUACUACAUUGACUACAAUGGGCUCAAGGCCGAGCUCAAGAACGCCACGGGGCCGCCCAAGGCCCGCGCCCCCGGCGGCAAGGAGUGGACCGAGGAGGAUGAGACGCGCUUCGUGGGCAAGCUCGAGGACGAGCUCGAAAAGGUGCACACCAAACAGCAGGUCAAGGCCAUGGAGAUUUCCAGGCGCAUCGCCGUCAGCGAGCGCGAGGUCCGCGACGUCGUCAACCGGCUCAACGAACGCGGCCUGACCGAGGAAGGGCCCAGCGAGGAGGAGUUUCAGCUGCUCGAGGAGGACCUGAGUGAUAUCAUUGCCGACGUCCACGACCUCGCCAAGUUUGUGCAGUUAAACUACACGGGCUUUUACAAGAUUAUCAAGAAGCACGAUAAAAUGACGGGCUGGCACCUUCGACCAGCAUUCGACACUCGGCUCAAGGCCAAGCCCUUUUACAAGGAAAACUACGACGCGUCCGUUAUCAAGCUGUCCAAGCUGUACGACCUCGUGCGAACCCGCGGCAACCCCGUCAAGGGCGACAGCGCGGCCGGCGGAUCCCAGGCCAGCUUUGUCCGGCAAACGACCAAGUACUGGGUGCAUCCCGACAAUGUGACGGAGCUGAAGCUCAUCAUCCUCAAGCACCUGCCCGUCCUCGUCUUCAACGCCAGCAAAGAAUUCGAGCAGCAGGACUCGGCAAUCACGUCCAUCUACUACGACAACCCCGACACGUGGGAACUGUACGAGGGCCGCCUGAAGAAGACGGAGGGUGCCGAGGCCAUCCGGCUGCGCUGGUACGGCGGCAUGCAAAACGAGACCAUUUUCGUCGAGCGCAAGACGCAUCGCGAGGACUGGACGGGCGAAAAGUCGGUCAAGGCUCGCUUCGCCAUUAAGGAAAAGAACGUUAAUGCGUACAUGAGAGGCGAGCUGCUCCCGGCGGCAAUCUUCGAAAAGGCGCGGAGAGAGGGCAAGAAGUCGGAAAAGGCUAUUGCUGAGGACCAGAGGCUUGCUUCUGAGAUUCAGUACUCGGUUCUCAAGAAGGGCUACAAGCCCGUCUGCCGCUCUUUCUACAACCGCACCGCCUUCCAGCUCCCGGCAGAUGCCCGGGUUCGCAUCUCUUUGGAUACCGAGCUGACAAUGGUCCGCGAGGACAACCUGGAUGGCCGCACCCGCAGUGGCGAUAACUGGCGACGCAUGGAUAUCGGCAUCGACUACCCCUUCUCGCAGCUGCCACCCGAAGACGUCUUGCGCUUCCCCUACGCCGUCCUCGAGGUCAAGCUCCAGACACAGAUGGGACAGGAGCCUCCAGCGUGGGUUCGCCAGCUCAUCUCCUCGCACUUGGUUGAGGCAGUUCCCAAGUUCUCCAAGUUUAUCCACGGCACGGCCUGCCUGUUCCCCGAUCGCAUCAACCUGCUCCCCUUUUGGAUGCCGCAGAUGGACGUGGACAUUCGAAAGCCCGUCGCGCACGACUUUGGCAUCCACAGACCCGGCAUCGCGGCCUCGGAAGAUGAGGAAGACCUGGACUCGGACGAGGAGGACGAGCGAUCCAACCGCCCAGGCCCGUCGGACCGACAGCCGGGCGCACAAGGGCUGCACGGCUCAGUGGCCGAUGCCGAGGACCAAACCGCCGACGCUCCCGCGCCCAACGAUGACUUUCCCAUCUACGAUUCGGACGAGGAGUACGACGAAAACUAUGCGUUGGAGGAGGCCAGGAGAAUCGGCGGGUGGCACUACUACUCGACUCUCAUCUCGACCAAGGCGCACGCCCUCGGCCAAGUCGCCCUCGGCGUCGCCAAGCACCUGGUGCCCGCUGCUCGUAGCACGACAAUGGAUCGCAGCCAGCGGCAGCAGAUGCUGUUUGGGUCGGGGCCCGUGCUGCAAAAGAAGAUCAAGGCACCCAAGGGCAAGAAGAUCUAUGUGCCGGUCCGUGUCGAGCCCAAGGUCUACUUUGCGGCCGAAAGGACCUUUUUAGGAUGGCUCGAGUACUCCAUCUACGUCGGCGCCAUUGCCGUGACGCUGCUCAACUUUGGCUCCCGCGCGACGCCGCUGUCGCUGUGGACGGCCGGCAUCUUCACCCUGCUCGCCGUGCUGAGCCUGUGCUACUCGGUCGGCAUCUACCUCUACCGCAGCUGGUCGAUCCGCGAGCGCAGGGCCGCCCGGUACUACGACAAGUGGGGGCCGAGCGCCCUCUGCACCGCCCUGCUGGUCGCCGUUGUGCUCAACUUUGCCUCCGAGGGCCGCGAUAGGGGGUUCUGGUGA